AUGGGAACCAGGGCAUUAUCACAUGACAGUAUUUUUAUCCCAGAGGGCUCAACAGGCGAUGGAGCAAUGGCAGAAGUGACAUCCCAGGAAAACUUCCCAGGAAAAGUGCGAACCCUUCAGCAUCAACUAGCAAAAGAUAUUAAAUUUGGCCAGCACCCCUUGACUCUUAUUGGGAAAAGAAUGGAAGAUACUGGAGCUAAUUCAGAGGUUGAUCAAUUUCUCCGCAGUCCAUUGGAACAAGCUGCUCUGCAGGAUACCAAAUUACCAGCCUCAACACCUAAGGCCAAAUCUUCAGCAUUGUGUGUCUGUGUUACGAUAAAAACAAAUCAAAAACUCAUCAUGCCAGAUUUCAGUCUGAGAUCGGACUUGUUUGGUAAUAACAUCACCUGGGAUGAUAACGACAUACCUUUGACCAUGGUCCAAACCCCAAAAUCUAAGAGACCACCUUCUGGUGGGACCAUUGAAUCGAUUAACUUGGAUGCUGUUCCACAGUCUGUGAGACGCCUGGACAACACAGCAGCGAAACAUAAACUCUCUGUCAAGCCAAGAAAUCAAAGAAUCUCAAAGAAACAUGGGAGACUUGCACAGGUACAUGAAAUGCGGAGUGUGACGAUCCAUGAAUUUGACUUUGCGCUGGAAGAGAAGGAGACGAUUUUUGUGGCGAAGGACCUAAAAUAUUACAAAAAAGAAGAGAAUGAAGGACAAGGAGAGACAAGCCAUCUUAAAUUUGGGAGGGAAAGAUGCAGAAGUGAAAUAAUGGUGCACAAUAGGCAGGAAGCAGAAUUGGAGGGCCAAAAGAGAUGGGAAGAAGAACAAGAGGAAACUGAAGAACAAGUAAUACAAGAGGAAGAUCGGAUACAUUAUGAAAUGGAAAAACCGAAACUAAAUGAGGAAGAAUUAAGUGGGGAAGAACAGAAAUGUGUUGAAUUCGAGGAGCAGAAAGCACAUGAGAAGGAACAAAAAUAUUAUGAAAUGGAACAGCAAGAAAUACACGAGGAGGAGCAAAGAUGUGAUGAAAUGGAGAAACAAAAGUUGUACACGGAAAAUCAGAAAGAUCACGAAUUGGAAGACCAGAAAUUACAUGAAGAAGCAAUAGGUGAAACAGAAGAGUACACACUAUUUGAGGAAGAGCAAAACAAUGAAGUCAAAGAACAAAGGCUGGGUGAGGAAGAAGAAAAAUGUGAACUGAAGGAGAACAGAUUAUAUCAAGGUGAAAAAAGAUAUGAUGAAAUGGACAAACCAAAAAGUGACACAGAAAAGCAAGAUCAUGAGUUGAUGGAGUUGGAAAUGAAGAAAGAGGAACAAAAGUGCUUUGAGGUAGAAGGCCUGAGGAAAGAAGAUUUACAUUUCCAUGCUGCUGAAAACAACCAACCGAAUGAAGAGCCAAGAAAACACAAUUUGGAAGAACAGAAAGAAAUAGAAAGACAGCAUGAUUUGAAGAAACAACAAAGGGAAGAACAGAGUCAAAAGGAUGCUGAGCCGUUAAAUCAAGAAAAGCAACAAUUCCUUGAGGCACAGGAAGAGGAGCAACGUAGAGGGGAACUUAGAUGGAAAGAGGUAGAUCAAAGACAAACAUCGUCAACUCCCUUUUCAUUCCAAGUUUCUUCAGGAGAAAAGCAAAUCAUUUUUCAGAAAGUUAAUCUGACCCCUGUGACCCAUCCAAGAGAAGCUGUUCCUUCUUCAGAUGUGAAUGAGCUACAGGCCUUUACAAAGUCAAAUAACGGCCUUUCAUCUUCAAUUUACGUUCCCCAUACAGCCAUUUUGGUCACAGGAGCGCAGCUUUGUGGUACAGCUGUUGAUCUGAAACAGAUCAAAGACACAGCUUGUAAGACUUUGCUUGGCUUUUCAGAGGAGAGAAAAACGAUUGAUUUACCACCAGUUGAAAAGCCAACUAAAUCCAAUCAGGGUGCCAGAAGUAGAAUUGGCAAAUCCAAAUUCAAUCCAGAACCAUCAGUUGAGCAGGCAAGAUCGACAGCUUUAACUGAGUGGGCUGCCAUUAGGGCGAAAAUUCUUAAAAGUUCGGAUGAAAGGUUUCAAGAAAGAAGAGUACAUGGGAGAUUUAGUGAUGACUGGACUACCUUCAGAUCUUCCAGUAUGCAUAGCAGCUUGAGAAAAACUUUAUCUGCGAAUGCAAAAUUCUCCAUAACACCUGCAUGGCAGAAAUGGGCAGAUGGCAAUAAAAUCAGCAAUUCUGAGAAAAUGAGUAUCUCCCACAAAGCAGAGAAACAAACUACACCUGAGGAAACUGUAUUUGCACAUAUUUGCGCUUUGGAGUCUUCUGAACCUUGUGGGCUAUUGACGUCUGAAAACAUUGGACAAGAUGCAGCCAAAGACACACAAGAUGACUCACACUUGGAUAAUCAUAAUAUUAGGACAGGAGAUGCUGCUGAAGGUUACAAAUUUGCCAAAGAUCUUCCAUCGUUUCUAGUUCCAAGUCUUCCUGCUGUGCAAAGGAAAGAGCAUUCACUCCUGCAAGCUCAACCUCCCGUUACUAACCAAACUGCUACAAAUGUGAUCACACAAACUGAAGGGGCAAUGGAUACAUCCCCAUUUGGUAUAAAAUUACGGAGGACCCACUAUUCCCUUCGGUUCCACUAUGAACAGCAAGGAGAACAAAAACGGAAGAAACGGUAUAGUGCUGGAGAUAGUAUGGAAGGAAUUCCAGCAUUCCUGGCCUCAAAAGAAAAAGAAGGUGAAUCAUACACGGUUUCUGGUAAGCAAUUCUCUUAUAACAAAGAUAAUAAGGUUGGUAACAUUUUGAAAGACAGCUCAAAUAGCAUUUCAGACAUUUCACAGACUGGGAUUACGCAUCUAAGUAGCAUUGAUGUGGCAAAACAUGUUAAAAAUAAACUUGCUGCACGUUCAAAUGAGAAAGUUUCAUCAAGGCCACAACCAUCUCAGAAACCUGCUUUAGCACCCAAGCCUACACGGUUCACUCCACCUCCGUCCCCCCACAAUACCUUAAACAAGAGUGCAGAUCACAAAAACACAAAGAAUCUACUUGAUUCAAAUGUGAGAAAAGAAGAUGAGAAGAAUGACACCUCAGUUCAAACAUACAGAGUAAAGAAUGAAGAAGUGGAAACAAAGGAUAGAAAAUCUUUUUUCCCAUCCAUCAACAUUCCAUGGAGAGAGAGGGCAGACAAAAAGUCAGACUCCAUUAAGAAAGAGAAACCUGUUCUUCAGAGCAGACAUUCUCUGGACAGCUCAAGGCUUGUGGACAGGGUGGAAUCUUCCCAGCCUCUGUGGAUCACCCUGGCCAUGCAGAAGCAGAAAGGAUUCCGUGAGCAGCAGGCCAGCCGAGAAGAAAGAAGACAAGCCAGAGAAGCAAAGCUAGCGGAGAAACAGACUAAAGAAAAUACAAUUGUGUCCAGCUCUGUGGACAAUAAAGGAGGCAAUCAUUACAUGAGUACACUGCAGAAAUCCAGUCAGGAUGAAGAAAAGAAAAUUGGGAACAAUAUUGUGUCUAAAGUGGAACGCCGUGAACUCCUGAAAAAAUCUUCCACACUUCCAAAUUCUGUCACAGUUGAAAUAUGUGAUUCAGUGGGAUCAAGUCCACAAGUGAAGGAAUUACCGAAGAGAUUCUCAACUCCUGAUGCUGCACCAGUGUCUGUGGAACCUGCCUGGCUUGCACUUGCCAAAAGAAAAGCUAAAGCUUGGAGCGACUGUCCUCAGAUAAUUAAAUGA